AUGGAGGAUUAUGAACUUUCGUUCUCUGAUAAUGAAUUAAUUAUGUCAUUUGAUCAUUCGACAAGCAAUGCUGGUGAAGGCAGUAGUAGUGGAGUUACUGCUUCUCAUGAUUUGUCUUCGUCUUCAAUUAUGCAACAAAGAAAAAAUAUGUUUGAAGAUAAUGAUAUUUCAGAGGCUGAUCGAUUUGUGAUAGCAGAAUUGCUUUUGGAAGAAGAGGAGCGAAAUAGUUAUGGUUUUGAAACAGGGGAGGAAAUAUUAGCCCGAAAAAGGCGAAGUGAAUUUUCGUCAUCCGAUUACACAUCCGCUCAAACUGGUACCAAAGAUAAACCACCCACCAAAAAACCGACUCAUGACUAUUCACAUAGAGCUAAAAGACUCGCAACUACAACUAAAAUUAUUUCAUCAUCCUCGUCAUCAAUACUUAGAAACCCAAUAGAAACCAGCGUUUCAACCGAAAAGCAAACAACAUUCAAUACAUCAAACGAAACUUCGAAUUAUAAUUAUAAUCCGUCAACUACAAGACACCCACUAGAUUCUUUUGAUAUUUCGGAUUUCAGUAGCGAUUUCGAUUUUAAUGUGCCAGCAGCAAGAAAUUCCACGGAUUCUUAUCCCAAAUUACCGAGUGUAACCAAAAAAUCACCCCCGCUUACUUCCAUUUUCACCGAAAGGCCAAAAACAGGUGAAUUUCUUAAGGCGACAACUUCUAAAGGUCUUUUUUUGUAUUUUCCCAAAAAAUCUCAGUCAGCUACAGAGUUACCUCUGAGAAGCUAUAAUAAAAAAUGUUUGCGCGAUUUGUCAAUAUCUCGUCUAAUUAGUAAAAUUGAAAAAGAUAAAGUUGCAAACUCUGAACUUAGUCAAGCAAAUUUGACCAAUUCAAAGUUCCCAGCAAAAGUCGAGGCAGAGACUAAAUUAUGGGUUGAUAAAUAUCGUCCAAAACGAUACAUCGAUCUUUUAGGUGAUGAGAAAGCAAACAGAGAAAUCAUAAGGUGGAUCAAGCAAUGGGAUUAUUGCGUGUUUGGCAAAAAACCGAAGGAGAACGAAGUCGUGGGAGAAGAAAAAAAUCAAGAUCCAUGGCAUCGUCCGGAAAAAAAGGUACUGAUGUUAACUGGACCACCUGGUUAUGGUAAAACGACUCUAUCACAUGUGAUAGCAUGUCAUUGUGGAUACAAUGCUAUUGAAGUGAAUGCUAGCGAUGAUCGAACGGUUAAUGUUGUCAACAAUCAGAUCAAAGCUUCUUUAGAAAAUAAGUCGAUUGCUCCUAAUCAUAAACCUACUUUGAUAAUUAUUGAUGAAAUUGAUGGUGUAUCGGGUAGCGGAGAACAGAAUUUUAUCAAAGUGUUGGUAGAUUUGAUUCAAGGUGAAGAAAAAGCCCAUACUUUGGCAAAGAAAAAAUCUGGGAUCGCGGGUUCAGCGAAAAAGCCCGUCAAUAAAUCUAUCCUAUUUCCUAUUAUUUGUAUCUGUAACGAUCAAUAUGCUUCUGCACUUCGUCCCUUGAGGCUGAUUGCACAGAUAUUUCAAAUUCGAAAAUGUCCAACCCAAAUUCUUACCAAUCGACUUAAAGAUAUUUGCGACCGCGAGAAACUAUCGGCUGAUAUGAGAACUUUAUCAAAUUUGGUGGAAACCUCUGAUGGAGAUAUAAGAAGCUGUUUAAACACUUUACAAUAUAUAAAACAAAAGUCUGAUGUGGUCACUAUCGACUUGAUCGCUGAGUCCGGAGUUGGAAUAAAAGACACACAACGUUCUAUUUUCACAGUUUGGGAGGAAAUUUUUACGCUUUCAACAGCAAAGAAGCGAAAAGAUGGAUUAACCUCGAUGCUAUCAGAAACAAUGGGUUGCUUUGAAAAUUAUCUGAAAAUGAAAUUCCAUGAUACAGCUUGUAUAAAAUUGAUGGAAGCAAGUCAGUGGAUGAUUUUUUAUGAUCAAUUGAAUACAAAAAUCAACACGAGACAAGAAUUUUCGUUUCUGUCUUAUUUGCCGUAUCCGUUGAUUAGCUUUCAUCGAUUCUUUGCUGGCAGCGUCAAACCACGUCUUGAAUACUCAAAGAUAGAUUAUGAGACUUCUUUAGAGUUUAAACGAAACGAGGGCAUAGUAUUGAGCGUUCUUUCUCAUCUUCCAGCAAAUCUAAAACGAGAUUUGAACAAAAACACCUUUGUUACUUUGGUUCUUCCAUAUCUAAUGAGAAUAAUAUCGUCACCGGAUAUCAAAACAACAAACCAAUUACUCUUAAAACCACAUGAAAAGCAAAUCAUAGCGAAUAUAGUAAAUAUCAUGGUGACAUUUGAUCUUCAAUAUGUCAAGGAAAGAAAUGAGGAUGGUCAAUUGGUAUUUCGACUUGAACCGCCACUUGAUCGCUUACUGCAAUUCUCUAAUAAGAGUAAUAAAUUUGGGAGUCAACAACAAUCGUUUCGUCAGAUUGUGUCUCAUGAAAUUGAACUAGCAAAGAUUCGAAAAAAUGCUGUAAAUACGACAAAGACAUUUGACCCUAAAUUGAAAGCCAAACCAGAGGAGUACAAUAUGAUAGAGCAAUCCUCGAUUGAAAUUAAGCCUCCAGUGGAUUUCUUUGGCAGGCCUAUUACAACGGCUUCCAAAACAUCCAAAGAAGGAAAAAAGGAUGAAGAUGAUGCUACGUCAACUAUCUGGUUUCGGUAUAAUGAAUCAUCUUCUACCGCUGUACGAACAUAUCCGCGCGUUAGCGAGUUUCUUGCUGCAGAUUUAUAUUGA